AAUAGUUCCACCACGUUACUUCCAUAUAUAUUUCCCUUGGAUUGGAUUGGAUCGUCGGCGCCCAAACGAAUAAUAAUCCGGCAAUGGAGCCUUCACGAGGGAAGCUGUCUGCCGCCGCCGUCCUCCUGCUGAUGACGACGCUCCUCGUGGUGGCCGCCAUGCGGGCGGUUGAGGCACGCGACUGCCUGACACAGAGCACCCGGUUACCGGGGCACCUGUGCGUGCGGUCGGACUACUGCGCGAUCGGGUGCAGGGCGGAGGGCAAGGGCUACACGGGCGGCAGGUGCCUCAUCUCUCCCAUCCCGCUCGACGGGAUUCUCUGCUACUGCGUCAAGCCGUGCCCAUCCAACACGACGACAUAAUGAUGAGACAAAGGGCGGUGGGUGCAGUGCACGCUGGCCGGGGGUUAUCAGUCCACACAUCCUACCGUACGUGUCUGUGUUAAUAACUUUUUUUUGUCUUGGAAGUCUGUGGUGGUAAUGACUUUUAAAUGUCUUGGAAUAAACCGGGUUCUAGUCCCUUAUAAGCUAGCAGUACUGUAACAAUUCAGAUCAUCAAAGACAGCAGGAAACCGGUGGUUGAGUUGA